ACGGAAAUUGGAGAAUAUAUUGGAUAAGGUAAGACUAUAAGGUAAGUGUAAAUAUUUUUGUUAAUUAAUUUAUUAAUGAAUAAAAUAUAUAAAAAAAGGAUUAGUGUAAGGUGGGUUAUGAGCAGAUGUCAUGUAGGUUAGAAAAACAGUAAAGACGUUGAAAGCAGAACAAGAUUCUCUCCAACUACGCAACCUAAAAUUCUCUUCCAUAAAUAUAAAUUCAUUUUCAUCAUCCCUUUUAUAAUUACCACAACUUCAUUCUAAUUUCUUUAUCUCAAUCUCAUCUACAAACUUUUUAAUUUCAAGUUUUCGCGAUCUGAUUUUCUCCUUUUCUUUUUUUAUAUAUAUAUAUAUACAUAGCUUAGCUAGGUCAAAAGUUACCAAUUAAUAUCGUAUCGUUCGAUCGAUCAUGUGUAGCAGAGGGCAUUGGAGGCCUCAUGAAGAUGAAAAAUUGAGAGAGUUAGUUGCUAAAUAUGGACCUCAUAAUUGGAACGCUAUUGCUCUAAACUUGCAAGGAAGAUCAGGGAAAAGUUGUAGGUUGAGAUGGUACAAUCAAUUGGAUCCAAGAAUAAACAGAAGUCCAUUCACAGAAGAGGAAGAAGAAAGACUUCUUUCAUCACAUAGAAUUCAUGGGAAUAGAUGGGCAAUGAUAGCUAGGUUAUUUCCUGGACGUACUGAUAAUGCUGUCAAAAAUCAUUGGCAUGUUAUUAUGUCAAGAAAAUGUAGAGAAAGAUCCAAGAUUUAUUCCAAUAGAGCUGCCCAAAAACAACAUCACAAUAACAAUAUGAGAAAAAAUUAUAUUGAUCAUCAACAAUACCAAUUCAGUACUACUUAUAAUUCCUUUUAUUCAAAAGAGCUUCAUUUCAACCACAUGAUUAAUCCUCGGCGAUUCAACAUCGAUCAAGAUAAGAAUGAAGAAGUGGAGUGUUAUGAUUUUCUACAAGUGAAUAAUAAUAAUACUGCAGGCUCAAAUAAAAGUGAAGUGAUAGAUCAUAUUGCAAUUAGAAGGGGCACUGAUGAAGAAGUGGAACAAGAAAAUGGCUGUGAUAAUAAUAAUAAUAAUAUUUCUUCACAAACCAAAAAGGCUCCAGUCAGAUUUAUAGAUUUUCUAUCAGUUGGAGACUCAUCCUAAUUUUCUUCAUUUUUUUAUAUUUUAAAAAUCUAUGAGACAAAAAC